AUGACGUACAAUGACUCCCUGCGAGAACAGGAAAGACUCAUUUACUGCAUCACCGUGCCCCUGUCCACCGUCAUCAUCCUGGCCAACCUGCUGAUCAUCCUGGGCAUCGCCUGCAACCGGAACCUCCACAACACGCCCAACUACUUUUUCCUCAGCCUGCUGGUGGCCGACCUGUGCACUGGCGUGGCCCUGCCCUUCAUCCCCUGGAUGGGCCUCAACCGCAAGCUGGACUUCCAGGCCUGCCUGCUGGUGCACAUCUUCCCCAACUUCCUCUUCCUGUCCUUUCUCUUCAACCUGGUGAUGGUGCACUACGAGCGCUACCUCUGCAUCGUCAGCCCGCUCCACUACAGCCGCUUCUGGGUCCACCGCUGCUUCCCGCUGGCGCUGCUGGCCGUCUGGGUCCCGCCGCUGCUCUACGCAUCCCUGCCCGCUUUCGGCUGGAAUAACAGGGCAGAGUACGGGGGGGAGGAGUGCAGCGGGAACUGCUCAGGCAGGGUCGCCCCCGACGAGGAGGGCUGCUCCUACAAGCUGGUCUUCCCCAAUGCCUUCAUCUACCUGGAGGUGUAUGGGCUGCUGGUGCCGGCCAUCCUCUCCAUCGUGCUGAUGACGGGGCGGGUGCUGUGGAUCACCCGGGGCCAGCUGCGGCACAUCUGCAGGCUCCACCGGGCCGUGGGCCGGGUGCAGGCCUCCGACCGGGAGCACCGCCUCAACCUGCGCUACGCCAAGUGCGUGGCGGCCGUCUCGCUCAGCUUUCUGGCCUGCUGGGUGCCCUACAUCAUCUACACGCACGUCUCCCUGGCCAUGCUGCAGAGGAGCGUGCUCCAGGACCGGCUGCAGAGCGAGGCACGGCAAACCUCCUCCACCCUCAUCGUCCUCUCCUGCACAGGGAUCGGGAGCAUGGCCAUCAUCCCCGUCAUCCUGGGCCUGGGGAACCGGGAGUACACCGACCCCGCCCGGAAACUGUUCUGCAAGCUGCGGGCCCGCUGGAGGAGAGCACCUGAGACAGAGGACAUAGAGCUGUGA